CAUUUCUUCACUUCGUAACCCUCCCAGUUGCCCAGUGGGACAGUUGGGUCUCAGCAUCUCUAACAGCUCCGUCAAGAACACAAGACAACCAGCAAGCAACAAUGAGCCAGUCCUACUCGUCCUCGGCCCAGUCCGCCUCCUCCUACCGCCGUACCUUCGGCUCUGGCGUCGGCUCCAGCCCGAUGUCCUCCCUGUUUACCUCUGGCGGAGGUGGCCGCAGCUCCUCUUCGAGCCACAUGUCCAAAAGAGUCUAUGAGGUCAAGAGCUCCGGCAUACCCUCCUUCUCUAGCUACAGGGUGUCCUCAGGCGCCGGGGGAGCAGGGUUCGGCUCUUCUGCAGCCAUGCGCACCUACGCUGGCGAGAAGCUGGACUUCAACCUGGCCGACGCCAUGAACCAGGACUUCCUCAACACAAGGACCAACGAGAAGGCCGAGCUCCAACACCUCAACGACCGCUUCGCCAGCUACAUCGAGAAGGUGCGCUUCCUGGAGCAGCAGAACGCGGCGCUGACCGUGGAGAUCGAAAAGCUGAGAGGCCGCGAAGGGCCCGGCCGCGUGGCCGAGAUGUACGAGGAGGAGAUGAGGGAGCUGAGGAGGCAAAUCGAGGCUCUGUCCAACCAGCGUGCUCGCGUGGAAGUGGAGAGAGACAACCUGGCUGAUGACCUGCAGAAACUCAAGCUCAGGCUGCAGGACGAGAUUCACCAGAAGGAGGAGGCUGAGAACAACCUCUCUGCUUUCAGAGCCGAUGUCGACAAUGCCACUCUGGCCAGGCUGGACCUGGAGAGGCGCAUUGAGAGUCUGCAGGAGGAGAUUGCCUUCCUGAAGAAGAUCCAUGAAGAGGAGAUCCGCGAGCUGCAGAGCCAGAUGCAGGAUACUCAGGUGCAGAUCCAGAUGGACAUGUCCAAACCAGACCUGACUGCUGCUCUGAGGGACAUCCGCAUCCAAUACGAGGGCAUCGCCGCGAAGAACAUCGCAGAGGCCGAAGAGUGGUACAAGUCUAAGGUGUCUGAUCUGAACCAGGCCGUGAACAAGAACAACGACGCUCUGCGCCAAGCCAAGCAGGAGACCAUGGAGUACCGACACCAGAUCCAGUCCUACACCUGUGAGAUCGACUCUCUCAAGGGCACUAACGAGUCUCUGAUGCGCCAGAUGAGAGACAUGGAGGAGCGCAUGGGCCGUGAAGCUGCUGGUUAUCAGGAUACCAUCACCAGACUGGAGGAGGACAUCGCUAAGAUGAAGGAUGACAUGGCUCGUCACCUGAGGGAAUACCAAGACCUCCUCAACGUGAAGAUGGCCCUCGACAUCGAGAUCGCCACCUACCGCAAGCUGCUGGAGGGAGAGGAGAGCAGGAUCACUACCAAUGUGCCCAUGCAGUCUGCUUACUCCUCCAUUGGAUUCAGAGAGACCAGUCCAGAGUCCCAGCAUCAGCGCGCCUCAGAGGUUCACUCCAAGAAGACGGUGCUCAUCAAGACCAUCGAGACCCGCGACGGCGAGGUCGUCAGCGAGUCCACACAGCACCAGCAGGACAUCAUGUAAACCAGAGAAGCAACACAAAGAUACUAGAAAUCAUUUAAAAAAUACAAAAAAAAGACAUUUUCCUACCACUGCUAGCAGGGUUUAUAGUUUUAGCCUCUGAAAGGAACAUGAUGUUGAACAUGGGAUGUAAAAGGAAACAGCAGUAUGCACCGUUAGAAGACCUGAUGUAGACUAGAUCAGCAGUAUGGGUACAGUACUCUGCCUUUAGCCUGGCUUUAAUAAAGGUCAUUCCAGGAAUUAUGCCUGAUUGGUUUAACUUUUCCUUCAUUACAAGUUGAAUUUGAUUUUGUCAUUUCUUAUCUGCAAGAGUUUAAGAAGAGCUGAAAGAAAAGUGAGAUGAUCUUCGGCCUGAAAUACGUCAGAAUGAUGGAGGAGGAGAGUUUGAGCUGUCGAGCAUGUGCAGGGUCUUUGAUUGUAAAUGUACGGGGGACAGAUGAUGCUGCUCUGCAACGCCCUAAAAAUCUCCUAAUAAAGACAUUUGUUAUCA